AGUCGACGACGGACGGACAAAUUGAGUACGUACCCUGAUCUUUUGGUUCGUCUGACCUUUUGACCUCUUGACCUUUGUGCUUCCACGUCUUUUGCUGUCAUCUGCAUGCCUCCGUCCACUCGUUGACCGACCAUUAUCUGUCUGUCCAGUCGCGUGCACAUCCCCCGCCUUACAACUUCGACCCUCCGCCUUUUUCCACUUCGCCGAUAACAGCCCUUAACCCCACCCGCCUUUUUUCUGGAAUCAACAAACUCUCUGGAAGAGUCUUGUAUAUCGGCUUCUCGAAGCCAGUCUGGUUGUACUGCUUGAUCCACAAUGGCUCAAGCAUCUGUCGAAUCCGUGGUCCUGGAGACCACGGCUAUCGAAAUGUCAGCUGCUACUUCUCCCGCCGUAGCGAUCCCCAAAGUUAAGGGCAAGAAGAGAUUCAUACAAAGUCUACAACGCAUGUCAUCUUCUCCUUCGUUGGCCAAGAUGGGCAGGAUCCCCUCCUCAGGCUACCGCACCGGAGGAAAGGCUUCGGCUUCAUGCAUAUCGCUCUCCUCGGGAUCCUCCUCGUAUGGCUCGUAUGGAAAUUCGCUAGCUUCCGAACUCUCUGUCGGCUUCUCGACAGCUCCAACUUCGGCUGCAAACACCCCCGGCAUACCAUUCCCUGCCUUCGAAGAUAGGACACGUGCUCGUUAUCCUUGUUCCGUUCCUGUGCCCGACUUUAGAACCACCACUAGGAUUGUGGAAGAAGAGGACUACUUUUCUAUACCCGUACAAAAGCCUGUACAGAAGUCAAAGUCUUCUUUCAACUUCUGGAAGGACCUGCCCUCCGAGUUGGCCAUAGAGAUCCUCUCAUACCUUGAGCCUCGAGAGGUUGUACGAUGCUCGGCUGUGUCUCACCAAUGGCGCCGGAGAUGUCUUGAUGGUCAGCUUUGGUCCAUUCUCGAUACCUCUGACUUCUACCGCGAUAUCCCUGCCAACGCGCUGAUCAAUAUCGUUACCUCUGCUGGUCCUUUCGUUCGCGACCUCAACCUCAGAGGCUGUGUCCAGCUGAGGGAGAAGUGGCACACCAAGGAUCUUUCAAAAGCUUGCAGCAAUCUCGAAAACUUCUCUUUGGAAGGAUGUCGAAUUGAGAAGACCGCCAUCCACUGCUUCCUAUUGCAAAAUCCUAGGCUCGUGUACAUCAACCUUUCGGGUCUGGCUGGUGCCACGAAUUCGGCCAUGAAAAUCAUCGCUGAGAAUUGUCCCAAGCUUGAGCAUCUAAACGUCUCCUGGUGCAACAAUGUCGACACUCGGGGUUUGAGAAAGGUAGUCGAAGCCUGUCCCGAUCUGCGCGACCUUCGUGCUGGCGAAGUGCAUGGUUGGGAUGAUACAGAGUUCAUGCAGCUUCUAUUCGAGCGCAACUCACUAGAACGCCUAAUCCUCAUGAAUUGCGAUUCGCUGAACGACGAAUCGCUGGCUGUCUUGAUGGAAGGUCAAGACAGCGAAAUGGACUAUCUGACCGGUAGACGCAUUGCACCCAGCCGAAAGCUUAAACACCUUGAUCUUACUCGUUGCCGUGGCAUCAGCGACAAAGGCCUCGAGAAAUGUGUCGACAGACUUCCAGAGAUGGAAGGCUUGCAACUGAACAAGUGUCAUGGCAUUACUGAUGCUGUCCUGACAUCCAUGUUGAACGGCAUGCCUAAGCUUACACAUCUCGAUCUGGAGGAGCUCAACGAAUUGUCCAACGCUGUACUGCAAUCGCUUGCCACAGCUCCCUGCGCAAAGGCUCUGCGACACAUCUCCAUCUCAUACUGUGAGAAUCUGGGCGACGUCGGCAUGCUGCCUGUGCUCAAGAACUGCACCAAUCUUGAGAGUCUCGACAUGGACAACACACGUGUAUCAGACUUGUCUCUUGCUGAAGCAGCAGCCAUGGUACGCGCUCGUGCCCCUCGUAUCACUCAGCCCAAGCAAAGACCUACCGUCGGUCUCCGCCUUGCUGCAUACGAUUGCCAAAACGUCACAUGGACCGGUAUCCGCGAGGUACUAUGGCGCAACGCAGAAGUUGUCCGUAAGACUGUCAAGCCUGAACCGUCAUUUGAUCCUUCCGCACCACCCCAACCACAGACCGUCCGUACCUACCCCACAGAAAUCAUCCAGCUCAAGUGCUUCUACAACUACCAGCCUACAGUCGAGGAGCACACCAAGCGAGUAGCUCGUGGUGACUUCUCGGCUGCGACUCGUCUCGAGCGGAAGUGGGCUGAAUUCAUGAUUGCGCAAGAAGAGGCUGGUGCCAGUGGUGCCGGUGCUCGUAGACGUCGUCGUCGUGCUCGUGAAGCUCAGAUGAUGCACGCAGAUGAAGAGGAUGGCGGCAUCAAUGGUGGAGGUGCCGGUGUAGGUGGAGGACGUAGAAGAAGAGCUAGAAGCGGAGGCUGCACCGUCAUGUGAGCUUUGCAUCUUUACACCUUCUAGCAUCUUGCUUUAUCAUCAUCAUCAUUAUCAUUUUAGCGUUUCCUUUUGGUUUCGGUAUCGGAUUUGGUUGGGAUGGCGUUUAGCGUUUGGAUUCCUUCUGGACUUAUACUUGCAUUCCCGAGCAAUUGGUCAGGCUGGGACCUGGGUUGUUGUUGCCUUUCUACCUCAGACUCUAUAGAGCACACAGCAUCUCUUCAACGAACUUUAUUUUCAAUCGUAACUUGUUACACUACACAAUGAAUGUGACAAAUCUCCCAAUGUCGUGAGAAGUCAUUGUCGCGAGG